AUGGUUGAUAAUCACAAGACGACGUACGCCAAAGAUCAAGAAGAAAAGCACAAAAGGAAAAUUAUACUACCGUGUGUAAUACCAUGGGAGUAUGGUUCGAACAAGUAUGCAAGUCAAAAAGGACAAGCAGCCUUUGGAACAAUCAGAAACCUAAAUUCACAGGAACCGUUCAUGUUAUCGAUUUUUUGCACUGAGUUAAACGUUCAAUCCUCCAAACCUUUAUCUGAAAGUAAUGACGGCGUUGUUCCACAAAUAACAUGUCCGCCACUUCAUCACAAAUUUGCCAACCAAUCAGGACAAUCGUUUGGCAAUUUUCGUGAACAAGUCACGAAAGUAAUCGACAAAGAUGGAAUUGAAAAAGUAGCCAUUUGCAAAAUUGUCGAUGACAAAAUGACUGAGACGAUGCUUAAGAAAUGGGAUAAGCCCAACAAGAACGCCAACAAUUCCGAUAUUGGAAAGAGACGGAAAGAAGUCGUCGAAACUCAGGGAGGUAGAAGAUUCACGGCAGAUGAGUUGAAUAAAUGCCGUGCUGCCAUUCCGCGAUUCCAAGACCCCCGCAUGACUGUCGCGGCAAUGAAUUCGAAAACGGGAGACAACUUCCAGGGUGGAUUACAUCGUCAUAGACAGGCAACGACAGUUGUUGAAGGAUUGAAUCGCACAGAGUUCGAUCAGAUGGACUCGAAUCGGUAUAUGGCAUGGUUGGGAGGACAGUUGACGUUGCAAUCUCAAUCACACACAGGAGGGUUCGCAAAACCUCGUGAUGUAGUAUCUACAUCCUAUUACGAUCGUCUAAUGAGUGACCGUCAAGUUGAUGUCGAGUCCAUUCGUAAACGUCUCGAAGAAGAGAAAGCUAAACAGGACAAAGAAGAGGGAGAUGAUGAAAAUAAAGAGCAGGAACCUGUACAAGAGCCUGAUCCAUAUUCAUAUUCCAACUGA